CCGAUGAUUAAAUUAAACUUAUUUAACUUAGAUAUAUUCGUUUGGAUCUUAUACGUUUCUAAUAAAACUUGCAGAUUACCUCAUUCAAGUGUGGUGGAUUUGCAAUUGGCAUGUCUACGAAUCACAUCUUAUUCGACGGGAUAGGUGCCAAGGUAUUCAUCGAAAACCUAGCUUCACAGUCUUUUGAAAACAAACCCUUAGCUAGUGUACCCUACAUCGACCGUCGGAUUCUCGCCGCUAGAUCUCCACCUCACGUGUCCUUCCCACACCCCGAGUUCCUUAAGCUCGACCUCCCUGUGGGCCCGGGGUCAAACCCCCCUGUGUUCGAUUGCAGUGUAGAAAAACUAGACUUCAAAAUCUUCAAACUCACCACAACUCAAAUAUCCCAAAUAAAGGACAAUAUUUCUAAGAGCUCCAAAAUUGCCAAAAUUAGCACCUUUGCAGUGGUGGCGGCCCUCAUCUGGCGGUGCAAAGCCUUUUCCGGCAAUAUCGAGUAUAAUAAAGAUAGGGUUUCGACUUUGCUCAAUGUUAUCGACAUUAGGCCAAGGGUGAACCCCCAAUUGCCAUCUUCGUACUCGGCCAAUGCAGUGCUUCCCUUGGGAGUUUCGGAAACUUGUGAAGAGAUAAAAAACGGGCCCUUUUCGAAACUUGUCGAGAUUAUCACCGAAGGGGCUAAAGAGAUAACGCACGAGUAUGUGAAAUCGGCUUUCGAUUUGUUGGAGUUGAAUAGAGGGAUUCCUCAUGGGGAUUAUAUGGUGAGCUCAUGGCUUAGAUUAGGGUUUGAUGAGGUGGAGUAUGCAUGGGGGAAGCCGAUGUACAGUUGUCCGGUGGUGAAUCAUCGGAAGGAUAUUUGUUGGGUUUUUCGAGACGCCGUUGAUGGUGGUGUGGGUGCAAUGGUGGCUUUGCCUGCUCAUGAGAUGGACAUAUUUGAGGCUGCUUUUCAUGACUUCUUUGCUUCAAUAUAAUAUUUGUUUGAGUUUGGAAAUUUAUCAAUAAUGAAUAAUUUGAUGUGUGCAUGCAAAUAUGUAAUAUUGUUCUUUGUGUAGUUUAUUGUUGUGCGUUUAAUUGGUUUUGAUUGUUCAUCCAAAGUGUUUCAUUUUGCAUAUAUGUAUAUUUUAAG